GCGGGAGAGGGGAGGGUUGAUGACACCCGCCGCGAUCAUGGGAGGAAGGAUGCCAGGGGGGGGGGCGAUGAUAACGACGACCGUCCGGUUUCGGCGAUGGUGAAGAAAGGGGUUAAAGAGGAUGAUCUCGAAGAGAGGUCGAAGUUGUGGAUGGACUGCGAUGCAUUCUGGGGUCAGGGACCAGGGAAGCCAUUGAGGGAGGCGGUAGGCGAUUGCACGGACUACUUCGUCGCCAUCGCCAACGGGGAUGCAGGAGCGAAACCGCCUUCGAUGCUCGUAAUGCCGCCGAAUGAUGUGCCGCGCUUCAAGAUCGACGACCCUGCGCAGCGUGAACCGGCUCUGCGCGGAGCGCGCAACGUGGAGAAAGUGGUGCUGCGUGCCAUCCACGGCUGGAUCUUCAAAUCGUCGUCGAGGUCGACAGGCUUCGCUCGUGCAGAAUCGUACAUGACAUUGGACUUCGCAACAGACGUCGCGCGGGCAGUCUGGCAGGCUUUAGAAUGGUCGAGAGUCGUUUCCCCUGGCCUUGUCUUCCACACGCUGGCGAUGAAGAUGGACGUGCCUCUAUGGUUCGCUGGAGUGAAGAUUGUGGAUAGGCCCGAAGACGACGACAUGGCGGCGCGGCAGGAGGCGACAGUUCUGCGCCUGGCAGACUGCUGGACAGAUGCAGUUUGGUGCGGGCAAUGGGCCGACGGUGGCCGUGUGAAACAGGAUAGGUUGACGCGCCUUGCGGAUUGUCUUCGAGUUCUGUUGAGCGCGUGCAUGUGGGUCAUGCGGAUGGGCGGUGAUGACGAACGCUCGCACUACGAGGCAUCAUUCUACGCGUCCAUGGUCGCCAAACCGACACUCGUAGCGGCGGGCUCCUACAUCUUCAACUGGCGGCGACACAUCGUUGACAGCGCCAACCUCGUCUUGGAUCGUUUGGGGAAGGCCCACCUCACGCUGGGAGAUUACCCGCAUUGCAUCCCCAAAUGGAACGCUUGCGGAUUGGUUUUCGGUCACAACGCGGCCCUCAAGAAUGCAGCAGAAGCAGCAAAACACGGGUGGAUCGCCAGCGGCCCACCGGCGGAUGACGAUGGCGAUGACGAGAAGUGACACGUGGUUCAUCCGCAAGGCCGCGGAGGGAUGGGGGCGACGGUGGGGGCGAAUGAUGGUGGGGGUGGGGGGUGUUGUAUGGAAGAUGAGAUGGCCGGUCGCCGUUCCUGCGCAGCACUCCAUGGCGAUGGAGGGGUACAACCCCUCCAUCGCGCUACACGUGUUGUCGUUGAUGGUCGUGGUUGGAGCGCGCAGAUCGGUGGUGUCACGACGUCGAGAGUCGUCAUCUUCGUGCACGUGUUGUUUUAGUGUGCGGUGACAGUACAAGGCAGGUGGAGGUUUAUUGUGUCAGCAAUC